AUGACCGACAACGACUUGACUCUAUUCUGCAUUGAGAAUGGAGACUCUACGCCAUUCUCUGUCGACAUCGACCCAUCAAAGACUAAAACCCCUCGAUUUGAUGAUGUUGCCGCCGAUGAGCUCACCCUCUGGCGCGUUUCGAUUCCUCUUGCUCCACUUAAGGAGCGCAAGCCGAUUGUCCUGAACAAUAUUGAUUCCGCGACAGAACUCGACCCAACAGAUGACCUCUCUGAUGUCUUUACCCACAAACCACCAAAGAAAACAAUUCAAAUCAUCGUCCAGCGACCACCACCAGUCCAUGCACCCGUCCCUGUUCGAUUUCUUACCCCUGUUCCAGCCACUCCCUCGGAUACUUCUCGUCCUAGAACGCCUUUGUCUGGGGACCUCAGAACCGACAUCAAAAAGAUCGCCUACCGAUUCUUUGCAACCGGAUCUCCAGCCUCUAUCUUUCUGGACGCGUAUGUGCGAGGAGAAUUCAAGUUGCCAGUCACUACCGCCGGGAUCAAGGGGCUACCCAAAGUACUGCUGCGAGGCGUUGUCGAAAGUCAGGAUUCAGGACCAAGUCUUCUUUUUUUUGGAUUUACCGAAUCCUCCGUUAAAGGCUGGUGA